UUGUAUUACAUUUCAUGUCUUCCCGGAUUAGAAAACCACACAAUAAUUGGGAAUGCACCUGAUUUGAAACUAUUUAUUCAACUUACGCUGCCAAAUUGUAUCAAUUUAAAUAUCGUGUUAACGCGAAUUUUCUUGGGUGAACAUGGGAUUCGGAGUUUUAUUUGGAAUAGGUCUGCCAUGGACUCCCUGGAGAGCACCUUACACGAACUUCAAAUGGAAAAAAGAAACAGCAGAGAAAUUACAAAAGGACAUAAACGAUAUUUUACCAACAGCAGAGACUGGUUUAAAAAAAUUCAAAGUUCUUACUAUUGGCACUCAUGGACAUGGGAAGUCUUCCUUAAUUAACACAUUAGCUUCAAUUAGUGUUGGCGAGAAAACUACUGUUUGCAAUGCUGCUCCGAUGGACGAAAAUGUUACCACACAUUACAGAACAUUUGACUUCCUAGGACAUUUGGGAAAUUGUGUUUUAGGGGAUAUUUGUGGGCCACUACCGACAGCAAAAGAUAUUCAGCCGAUGCUAGAUGAUAUCAAAGCUAUUCUUAAAGGAAAUAUUAAAAGCGGAUAUAAGUUUGAUCCAAAGAAAAGUAUUUCUGAACAAGACGAUUAUUUUAAAGAAUCUCCCAAAUUUUCGGACAGGACGCAUUGUGUUAUAAUUGUCAUCGACAGUUUACAGGCGUACGAACUACCACCAAGCUAUGUACUUAACAUGGAAAAGAUCAUGAAAACCAUAAAUGAAUUGAAUAUCCCUGUAAUAGCUGUUCUCACAAAGGCAGACCUGCUCUCAGAACAUGUUGAAUAUAGUAUUGCUUCAAUUUUCCGUUGUAGGAAAAUUCAAAAGUCUGUUGACGACACAGCAAAGCAGCUAAAACUUCCUGCUCCAAAGGUGUUUCCACUUGUCAAUUUUGAAGCAAUGGAUAGCUUUACCUGGAAAGAAUCGAUUCCCGUAUUGAUUACCUUGAAGUCUUUCCUACGUAUGGCUCAACAACAUUCCCGUAAUGCCGAUGAGGUGAAGAAGGAAUAACUCUAAAAUAUAUGAGUUGAUAAUCGCAAAGUUUUGAGUUUUUGCCUAACAAUACACAUAUAAUGUAACACUUACUUUGAUCAUAAAUUUUAUGUAAGUUAACCAGUUAUCAAAAGUAAUGUACUUCUAACCCACGGUGAAAAUUUAUAUGUCUUAUUAAUGUAUGUGUGCGUGUUGGUGUGUGUGUGCGUGCGUGUGGCAUUCUAAGAUAUAAAAGGUAGACAAUCAUAUUGUCUUCAAUUACCAGUUAAAGUUGCAUUAUGCUCAUCCAAGGGUAUUGGUAAGUGAUCAAGUGAAAAUCAAAAUAAGUCUAUAUUUUGCCAUUAUUCCUUUUACUUUAUAACUUACUAAGCAUAAACAUUAAAUAACUCAUAUGGCCCUAUGAAAUUUCAGUAAAUAUCCAUACAAAUGUACCAGUAAGGUUCAAUUUGUAGUCUUUUAUAUUUAAGGCAAACUUCUAUUUUAUCCAUAAAAUUUUCUAAUAUCAGCUUUUGGGCAAUCACCAUUAUAACAGCGAAUCUUUUGAGAUAUAUAUAUAUAUAUACAGUAAAGACUGUCUUAGCGACCCCCUGUAUAUAGCGACGUUCUGUCUAUAGUGACCAUAGUUAGGUGCGCCGAACAGUAUUUACUAUAUAAAUGGUCUGUAUGUAGCGACUCCCUGUCUAGUCUGUACAACGACCAUGAUUUAGUCACCCGUUACGGUAUUUGAGCCGUGAACAGCGACUUUUGCAAGGGGAGCAUGGCUUGAACUAGGUGACGACUUUGGCGAAGAAGUCGCCUUCGGAUCAGCGACUUUGCUUCAGUCGCCCGAUUUUUAUAAUUUUCCGUCAUACUUAUUUACGCCGCUAGGUCUGUUAAUAAUUUGUUUACUUCUCAAUUACAACCAAUUACCGUUAAUCCGCUAAUUAAUAACGCGUGUCAACAUCAACAAAGUUCAAUACACGCCGCAAGGCAAGAGUUCACUAUGUUUAUCUCAUUACGUAUUCAUGAUUGACGAAUCAGAACGCGCGUUGUAUCUACGGCAGUUUGCAUUGACCAAUCGGCGACACGCUAAUACACUGUGGCUGUUUGUUGACAAUUACACAAUAUGGCGACAAAUUCAAUCAAUUUUCGCCGAUAAAAUGAUUAAAGACACAUGCAUAUACAUAAUUGCUGCGGUGUUUUGGCGAGUAAAGAUAAACAAUGCCAAACGUCUUAAAGGUGUGGUUAUGUUUGAAACCUCGAUAGUUAAUUUUUUUCGGAGCACUUAUCUAGAAAUUAUGUGGAGAUUUGUAUCUAAUGUUUUAUUAAUACAUUGAACUCCGUAAAGUAAACAGGUUGAUUAUACAAAAUUAGAUGUCUCUACAGUAACAUCUCAUUAGUAAAAUUGAAAUUAAACAUUUUUUUACAAACAGAUUUAUCAAUAUAAAUUACAUUUUAAUGAAUAUGUAACUUUUAGAUACUAAUGUUAUGGUGUAGUUUAUAAUCUUAACCAAUUAUACAUGCAAUUUUAACUUAAACCCUUAGUAUGAUACUAUCCUGCUUUUGAACAAAUUAUUGGUAUGAUAUGUUCAUAUAUCCGAAUUAUAUAGAGACUGUCCACAGUGACUCCCUGUCUAUAAUGACCUUUUUUCUUUUCUCCCAUCGAAGGUCACUGUAAACAGUCUUUACUGUAUAUAUA